CGCCUGCCUGGAUGCCCGGCUCGUCUUCAGCCGCCUGGAGCAGCCCGGCGGUGCCCCCGGGACCCCGCCAGUCACUGCUGCACCGGGGAGGGCCAUAUCCCAGCUCAGAUCGAGGCCAUCUCUGUGUGGGGGUAUGUAAACUAACGGAACCCAGGCAUUUGCAAUUCAGAUCUUCAUCCUUGCUUGGCUCCCUGAAAAAGAUACACUAUGCCAGAGCAGAGCAACGAUUACCGAGUGGUUGUGUUUGGGGCUGCAGGGGUUGGUAAAAGCUCCUUGGUCCUCCGUUUUGUAAGGGGAACAUUCAGGGAAACGUAUAUCCCUACAAUCGAAGACACAUACCGACAGGUAAUCAGCUGCGAUAAAAACAUCUGCACCCUCCAGAUCACAGACACCACAGGCAGCCAUCAGUUCCCUGCCAUGCAAAGGCUAUCUAUAUCCAAGGGGCAUGCCUUCAUCUUGGUGUACUCUGUCACCAGCAGACAGUCCAUGGAAGAACUUCAGCCAAUCUAUGAUCAGAUUUGUCAGAUCAAAGGGGAUAUUCAAAAGAUCCCUAUCAUGUUGGUUGGUAACAAGAGUGAUGAAACCCAGAGAGAGCUGGAUGCCAGUGAAGGGGAAGCUUUGGCCAGCAAGUGGAAGUGUUCCUUCAUGGAGACCUCAGCAAAAACUAACUACAAUGUACAGGAACUCUUCCAAGAACUCUUGAAUCUGGAGAAGAGAAGAGCUGUCAGUCUUCAGGUUGACGGAAAAAGAUCAAAGCAGCAGAAAAAGAAGGAUAAACUGAAAGGCAAGUGUUCUCUUAUGUGAUUUGCCUUGAUUUUCUUUCUCCCUCUCCCCCUGGACUCACAUCACUGCAUGAUGCCAUCAGAGCAUGGACUUUUUUUUUUAAUGAAUAUUUGCAUAGGCAUCUGCUAGAAAUCUAAGAACAAAUGUCUUGAAGGUGUCCCAGCUUCAGCUCUUCUCUGAAACCUCAAUUGGAACAUCCCAGCUGUUGGCCUGAGGAAAGUUUUGUGCAUGCCUCUUUGUUUUUAAACACUUAACCCAGCAUUAAAUGUUGACCAUUAGGCCUUGAGCAACAACAAUAAAAAAAGUUUACAAAACAGAACAGAAAUGCCAGAGUGUGUAUUGAAGCAAAACUCAUCUUUGUUAUCCCUGUGAGCAUAUAGUUGGUUUUUAAAUAUUCUCAGAUUAUGCAUUAGCCUGAAACAAAACACAUAUUUUGCCUACAAUAUGUAUAUGUUCUCUUCAAGGAAAAAUAAUAUUUAAACAAAAAUAUACUGACCAGAAUGAACCUCUGACAUGGUGAGGGAUUCUUACAGCUAGGGGACAAACACAUGAUUCUUCUGGAUAUGUACAUUUUGGGUGAGAAAGUGAUUUCUUUACCAAAGACAUGUUUGUUUCAUAAUAAAAGGAAAUUUUUCAUAUAUGCCCUGUUAUGCAGCUACCGGCAUUUUACAGUUAUGUGAAUUAUUAAAGUUAU